AUGCGCUCGUUUUUCCUCGCGGUUCUGGUCGCACUUGUUGCCUUCGCAGCGGCUCAAUCCGAAUCUAAAACGCUUACGGCGGUGGCCACCCCGGAUAUAAAAGCUCAGCCUUGUUGUGAAAGUGUUCGACAAACUUUGAUUGAAAUAAGAAAGGAUAUACGUCUAUGGCUGCUGGACAGGCUCUUCGGAAAAUUGCUUCUCUUGCACGACGGAGAACUGCUAGGUAAUCCGAAUUACGUAAAUUGUGUUAACGGGAAAAAAGUUCUCGAACUAUCCGAUGAGAUCUCUGCUAAGGGAAAAUCCUUUAAUAAUAACGAAAAAUUUGGCCAGUCGUCGACCACAAUCACAACGACAAACUCUACGGAUGAGGGUCAAGCCAGCACCUCAUCUGACCCGACUGUAAAAGUGGCUCAGGGAGCGAGCAGUGGUGGAAACUCAAGUCAGUCUUCGUCCACAACGACAACGAUAACAUCUUCGGAUGAGGAGGAAAACACCGUGUCCUCUUCUCCUGCAGUAGAAGCCACUGAGGAAGCUUCGUCGAACGAUGGGGGAAACUCCGCUCAGUCCACCACAACAUCUACAACCACAACAACAACGACGACUUCUUCGGAUGACGGUCAAGCCAGCACCUCAUCUGACCCGACUGUGGAAGUGACUCAGGGAUCGAACAGUGCUGGAAACUCCAGUCAGUUUUCGUCCACAACCACCACGACAACAUCUUCGGAUGAGGGUGAAACCACCGUGUCCUCUUCUCCUGCAGUAGAAGCCACUGAGGAAACAUCGUCGAAUGAUGUUGGAAACUCCGGUCAGUCCACCACCACCUCUUCAACAACAACGACAACAUUUUCGGAUGAGGGUCAAGCCAGCACCUCAUCGGACCCGACUGUGGAAGUCACUCAGGGAACUAACAGUGGUGGAAACUCCAGUCAGUCUUCGUCCACAACCACCACGACAACAUCUUCGGAUGAGGGUGAAACCACCGUGUCCUCAUCUCCUGCAGUAGAAGCCACUGAGGAAGCUUCGUCGAACGAUGGGGGAAACUCCGCUCAGUCCACCACAACAUCUACAACCACAACAACAACGACGACUUCUUCGGAUGACGGUCAAGCCAGCACCUCAUCUGACCCGACUGUGGAAGUGACUCAGGGAUCGAACAGUGCUGGAAACUCCAGUCAGUUUUCGUCCACAACCACCACGACAACAUCUUCGGAUGAGGGUGAAACCACCGUGUCCUCUUCUCCUGCAGUAGAAGCCACUGAGGAAACAUCGUCGAAUGAUGUUGGAAACUCCGGUCAGUCCACCACCACCUCUUCAACAACAACGACAACAUUUUCGGAUGAGGGUCAAGCCAGCACCUCAUCGGACCCGACUGUGGAAGUCACUCAGGGAACUAACAGUGCUGGAAACUCCAGUCAGUCUUCGUCCACAACCACCACGACAACAUCUUCGGAUGAGGGGGAAACCACCGUGUCCUCUUCUCCUGCAGUAGAAGCCACUGAGGAAACUUCGUCGAACGAUGGGGGAAACUCCGCUCAGUCCACCGCAACAUCUACAACCACGAGAACAACGACGACUUCUUCGGAUUACGGUCAAGCCAGCACCUCAUCGGACCCGACUGUGAAAGUGACUCAGGGAACUAACAGUGCUGGAAACUCCAGUCAGUCUUCGUCCACAACCACCACGACAACAUCUUCGGAUGAGGGGGAAACCACCGUGUCCUCUUCUCCUGCAGUAGAAUCCACUGAGGAAACUUCGUCGAAUGAUGGGGGAAACUCCGUUCAGUCCACCGCAACAUCCACAACAACGAGAACAACGACGACUUCUUCGGAUGACGGUCAAGCCAGCACCUCAUCGGACCCGACUGUGGAAGUGACUCAGGGAACUAACAGUGCUGGAAACUCCAGUCAGUCUUCGUCCACAACCACCGCGACAACAUCUUCUGAUGAGGGUGAAACCACCGUGUCCUCAUCUCCUGCAGUAGAAGCCACUGAGGAAACUUCGUUGAAUGAUGAUGGAAACUCUGGUCAGUCCACCACAACAUCUACAACAACAACGACAACAUCUUCGGAUGACGGUCAAGACAGCACCUCAUCUGACCCGACUGUGGAAGUCACUCAGGGAUCGAACAGUGGUGGAAACUCCAGUCAGUCUUCGUCCACAACCACCACGACAACAUCUUCGGAUGAGGGUGAAACCACCGUGUCCUCAUCUCCUGCAGUAGAAGCCACUGAGAAAAUAUCGACGAAUGAUAGGGAGAACUCCGGUCAGUCCACUACCACCUCUUCAACAACAACGACAACAUUUUCGGAUGAGGGUCAAGCCAGCACCUCAUCGGACCCGACUGUGGAAGUGAAUCAGGGAACUAACAGUGCUGGAAACUCCAGUCAGUCUUCGUCCACAACCACCACGACAACAUCUUCGGAUGAGGGUGAAACCACCGUGUCAUCUUCUCCUGCAGUAGAAGCCACUGAGGAAACAUCGUCGAAUGAUGGUGGAGACCCCGGUCAGUCCACCACCACCUCUACAACCACAACGACAACGACAACAUCUUGGAAUGAGGGUCAAGCCAGCACCUCAUCUGAUCCGACUGUGGAAGUCACUCAGGGAUCGAACAGUGCUGGAAACUCCAGUCAGUCUUCGUCCACAACCACCACAACAAAAUCUUCUGAUGAGGGUGAAACCACCGUGUCAUCUUCUCCUACAUUAGAAGCCACUGAGGAAACAUCGUCGACUGAUGGUGGAAACUUCGGUCAGUCCACCACCACAUCUACAACAACAACGACAACAUCUUCGGAUGACGGUCAAGACAGCACCUCAUCUGACCCGACUGUGGAAGUCACUCAGGGAUCGAACAGUGGUGGAAACUCCAGUCAGUCUUCGUCCACAACCACCACGACAACAUCUUCGGAUGAGGGUGAAACCACCGUGUCCUCAUCUCCUGCAGUAGAAGCCACUGAGAAAAUAUCGACGAAUGAUAGGGAGAACUCCGGUCAGUCCACUACCACCUCUUCAACAACAACGACAAUAUUUUCGGAUGAGGGUCAAGCCAGCACCUCAUCGGACCCGACUGUGGAAGUGAAUCAGGGAACUAACAGUGCUGGAAACUCCAGUCAGUCUUCGUCCACAACCACCACGACAACAUCUACGGAUGAGAGUGAAACCACCGUGUCCUCUUCUCCUGCAGUAGAAGCCUAUGAGGAAACUUCGUCGAACGAUGGGGAAAACUCCGGUCAGGCCACCACAACAUCUACAACAACAACGACGACUCCUUCGGAUGAUGGUCAAGACAGCACCUCAUCUGACCCGACUAUGGAAGUGACUCAGGGAUCGAACAGUGCUGGAAACUCCAGUCAGUCUUCGUCCACAACCACCACGACAACAUCUUCUGAUGAGGGUGAAACCACCGUGUCCUCUUCUCCUACAUUAGAAGCCACUGAGGAGACUUCGUUGAAUGAUGAUGGAAACUCUGGUCAGUCCACCACAACAUCUACAACCACAACGACAACAUCUUCGGAUGACGGUCAAGCCCGCACCUCAUCUGACCCGACUAUGGAAGUGACUCAGGGAUCGAACAGUGCUGGAAACUCCAGUCAGUCUUCGUCCACAACCACCACGACAACAUCUUCUGAUGAGGGUGAAACCACCGUGUCCUCUUCUCCUACAUUAGAAGCCACUGAGGAAACUUCGUUGAAUGAUGAUGGAAACUCUGGUCAGUCCACCACAACAUCUACAACCAGAACGACAACAUCUUCGGAUGACGCUCAAGCCCGCACCUCAUCGGACCCGACUAUGGAAGUGACUCAGGGAUCGAACAGUGCUGGAAACUCCAGUCAGUCUUCGUCCACAACCACCACGACAACAUCUUCUGAUGAGGGUGAAACAACCGUGUCCUCAUCUCCUGCAGUAGAAGCCACUGAGAAAACUUCGUUGAAUGAUGAUGGAAACUCUGGUCAGUCCACCACAACAUCUACAACCAUAACGACAACAUCUUCGGAUGACGGUCAAGCCAGCACCUCAUCGGACCCGACUGUGGAAGUGACUCAGGGAACUAACAGUGCUGGAAACUCCAGUCAGUUUUCGUCCACAACCACCACGACAACAUCUUCGGAUGAGGGUGAAACCACCGUGUCCUCUUCUCCUGCAGUAGAAGCCACUGAGGAAACAUCGUCGAAUGAUGGUGGAGACUCCGGUCAGUCCACCACCACCUCUACAACCACAACGACAACAUCUUCGAAUGUGGGUCAAGCCAGCACCUCAUCUGACCCGACUGUGGAAGUCACUCAGGGAUCGAACAGUGCUGGAAACUCCAGUCAGUCUUCGUCCACAACCACCACGACAACAUCUUCGGAUGAGGGGGAAACCACCGUGUCCUCUUCUCCUGCAGUAGAAGCCACUGAGGAAACUUCGUCGAACGAAGGGGGAAACUCCGCACAGUCCACCGCAACAUCUACAACCACAAAAACAACGACGACUUCUUCGGGUGACGGUCAAGACAGCACCUCAUCUGACCCGACUGUGGAAGUGACUCAGGGAUCGAACAGUGCUGGAAACUCCAGUCAGUCUUCGUCCACAACCACCACGACAACAUCUACGGAUGAGGGGGAAACCACCGUGUCCUCUUCUCCUGCAGUAGAAACCACUGAGGAAACUUCGUCGGAUGAUGGUGGAAACUCUGGUCAGUCCACCACAACAUCUACAACCACAACGACAACAUCUUCGGAUGACGGUCAAGCCCGCACCUCAUCGGACCCGACUGUGGAAGUGACUCAGGGAACUAACAGUGCUGGAAAUUCCAGUCAGUCUUCGUCCACAACCACCGCGACAAAAUUUUCGGAUGAGGGUGAAACCACCGUGUCCUCAUCUCCUGCAGUAGAAGCCACUGAGGAAACAUCAUCGAAUGAUGGGGGAAACUCCGGUCGUUCCACCACCACCUCUGCAACCACAACGACAACGACAACAUCUUGGGAUGAGGGUCAAGCCAGCCCCUCAUCUGACCCGACUGUGGAAGUCACUCAGGGAUCGAACAGUGCUGGAAACUCCAGUCAGUCUUCGUCCACAACCACCCCGACAACAUCUUCGGAUGAGGGUGAAACCACCGUGUCCUCAUCUCCUGCAUUAGAAGCCACUGAGAAACUAUCGUCGAAAGAUGGGGAGAACUCCGGUCAAUCCACCAAUACCUCUUCAACAACAACGACAACAUCUUCGGAUGACGGUCAAGACAGCACCUCAUCUGACCCGACUGUGGAAGUCACUCAGGGAUCGAACAGUGGUGGAAACUCCAGUCAGUCUUCGUCCACAACCACCACGACAACAUCUUCGGAUGAGGGUGAAUCCACCGUGUCCUCAUCUCCUGCAAUAGAAGCCACUGAGAAAAUAUCGACGAAUGAUAGGGAGAACUCCGGUCAGUCCACCACCACCUCUUCAACAACAACGACUACAUUUUCGGAUGAGGGUCAAGCCAGCACCUCAUCGGACCCGACUGUGGAAGUGAAUAAGGGAACUAACAGUGCUGGAAACUCCAGUCAGUCUUCGUCCACAACCACCACGACAACAUCUUCGGAUGAGGGUGAAACCACCGUGUCCUCAUCUCCUGCAGUAGAAGCCACUGAGGAAUUAUCGUCAAAAGAUGGGGAGAACUCCGGUCAAUCCACCAUUACCUCUUCAACAACAACGACAACAUAUGCGAAUGACGGUCAAGACAGCACCUCAUCUGACCCGACUGUGGAAGUCACUCAGGGAUCGAACAGUGCUGGAAACUCCAGUCAGUCUUCGUCCACAACCACCACGACAACAUCUUCGGAUGAGGGUGAAACCACCGUGUCCUUAUCUCCUGCAGGUGUAGCAUCUGAGGAAACAUCGUCGAAUGAUGGUGGGAAUUCCGGUCAAUCCACCACCACCUCUUCAACAACAACGACAACAUUUUCGGAUGUGGGUCAAGCCAGCACCUCAUCGGACCCGACUGUAGAAGUCACUCAGGGAUCGAACAGUGGUGAAAACUUCAGUCAGUCUUCGUCCACAACCACCACGACAACAUCUUCGGAUGAGGGUAAAACCACCGUAUCGUCUUCUCCUACAGUAGAAGCCACCGAGGAAACAUCGUCGAAUGACGGUGGAAACUCCGGUCAGUCCACCAACACCUCUACAACAACAACGACAACAUCUUGGGAUGAGGGUCAAGCCAGCCCUUCAUCUGACCCGACUGUGGAAGUGACUCAGGGAUCGAACAGUGCUGGAAACUCCAGUCAGUCUUCGUCCACAACCACCACAACAUCUACGGAUAAGGGUGAAACCACCGUGUCAUCAUCUCCUGCAGUAGAAGCCACUGAGGAACUAUCGUCGAAAGAUGGGGAGAACUCCGGUCAAUCCACCAUUACCUCUUCAACGACAACGACAACAUCUUCGGAUGACGGUCAAGAUAGCACCUCAUCUGACCCGACUGUGGAAGUCACUCAGGGAUCGAACAGUGCUGGAAACUCCAGUCAAUCUUCGUCCACAACCACCACGACAACAUCUUCGGAUGAGGGUGAAACCACCGUGUCCUCAUCUCCUGCAGGUGUAGCCACUGAGGAAACAUCGUCGAAUGAUGGUGGGAAUUCCGGUCAAUCCACCACCACCUCUUCAACAACAACGACAACAUCUUCGAAUGUGGGUCAAGCCAGCACCUCAUCUGACCCGACUGUGGAAGUCACUCAGGGAUCGAACAGUGGUGAAAACUUCAGUCAGUCUUCGUCCACAACCGCCACGACAACAUCUUCGGAUGAGGGUAAAACCACCGUAUCCUCUUCUCCUACAGUAGAAGCCACCGAGGAAACAUCGUCGAAUGAUGGUGGAAACUCCGGUCAGUCCACCAACACCUCUACAACCACAACGACAACAUCUUGGGAUGAGGGUCAAGCCAGCCCUUCAUCUGACCCGACUGUGGAAGUGACUCAGGGAUCGAACAGUGCUGGAAACUCCAGUCAGUCUUCGUCCACUACCACCACGACAACAUCUACGGAUGAGGGUGAAACCACCGUGUCCUCUUCUCCUGCAGUAGAAGCCACUGAGGAAACAUCGUCGAACGAUGGGGAAAACUCCGGUCAGUCCACCACAACAUCUAUAACCACGACAACAACGACGAUUUCUUCGGAUGACGGUCAAAACAGCACCUCAUCUGACCCUACGGUGGAAGUCACUCAGGGAUCGAACAGUGGUGGAAACUCCAGUCAGUCUUCGUCCACAACCACCACGACAACAUCUUCGGAUGAGGGUGAAACCACCGUGUCCUCAUCUCCUGCAGUAGAAGCCACUGAGGAAACAUCGUCGAAUGAUGGGGGAAACUCCGGUCGUUCCACCACCACCGCUGCAACCACAACGACAACGACAACAUCUUGGGAUGAGGGUCAAGCCAGCCCCUCAUCUCACCCGACUGUGGAAGUCACUCAGGGAUCGAACAGUGGUGGAAACUCCAGUCAGUCUUCGUCCACAACCACCACGACAACAUCUUCGGAUGAGGGUGAAACCACCGUGUCCUCAUCUCCUGCAGUAGAAGCCACUGAGAAAAUAUCGACGAAUGAUAGGGAGAACUCCGGUCAGUCCACCACCACCUCUUCAACAACAACGACAACAUUUUCGGAUGAGGGUCAAGCCAGCACCUCAUCGGACCCGACUGUGGAAGUGAAUCAGGGAACUAACAGUGCUGGAAACUCCAGUCAGUCUUCGUCCACAACCACCACGACAACAUCUUCGGAUGAGGGUGUAACCACCGGGUCUUCUUUCCCUGCAGUAGAAGCCACUGCGGGAAUAUCGUCGAAUGAUGGCGGAAUCUCCGGUCACUCAUCGACUACCACAACAACCACAGCGACAUCUUCUUCGGUCGAGGGUCCUUCCAGUAUUCCAUCCCAUGUUAUCGUCAAAGGCGGCAAAUCGGGCUCAAAAUGGACUAAAACCACAAAAACGUAUACGUCGAGGACUUCCAGGGUUCCCAAGUUGAAUGGAAAUUAUAGCUCCAGCUCAAGCAAAACUACUACAACAAAAACGACUAGCUCUUCCUCGGCACCUAAAAUUAAGCGUUCCUGGUCGAGCUCAUCGAAAAAAAUGUCCAUUGAUGGAAAAUCGAACAGGACUUCUUCGACAACGACAACAACGACUUCUAUAGAUAAAGGUCAAAUGAACUCGUCUUCGGACCCCCUUAUCGAUAUCAUUCAGGGUAGCCCUUUUAACAAGAAUAGAAGCUCUAACAAGGUCAUCACAACGACUACCUCCUCUGAGAGCCUGAUUGGAGCUGCUUCUCCUCCUGUCGUCAAAGUGGUUAAGGAAAGUUCCGUAAGCAAGGACGGAAAAACCAUACGAUCUUCCACCACCACAGUAACAACUACAACCACCAAUGGAAGUAAUAAGUCAGGUAUCUUGUCUCUUCCAGUGGUUGAGCUCGGCAAAGCGGUUAAUGGCGGAAAGACAAGCUCAAAGUCCUCAACGACAACCACAACGACAUCCACCAAAGCAAGUAAAUCUUCAGGUAUCUUGUCGCUACCAGAAGCUGACGCCAGCAUAUCACUUACGGGCGGAAAGUCAGGAUCAACAUUGACAAAAACCACUAAGACGUACACCUCAAAAAGCUUCGCAGUUCCCAAGUCUUCUUCGAGCAAAACGACAACUACAACCAUAACUUCGAAAACGGUCCCUAAAACUGAGACUAAAUACUCUUGGUCUAGUUCCUCGCAUAAAGCCUCAAAUCCUAUCCGCUUAACACUGCCACCCGUUAAUGGAGGCAUCUCUGUUGGCGGAGGAGAUUCCUCGAAAUCAUGGUCAAAGCUUCUUAAAAGAAGGACCGCAGGUGGUGAGUCCAUCGCCACCGAUGGUUCAUCCCUUUCUGGUUCUGUUGUAGGUGCAGGCGGCACUCGCGGCGCACAGUCCUGGUCCCAGCGAUCAGGAUUCUCGGGAGGCAGUUCUUCUGCCCAGGAAUCUCCAGACAUCCGCUUCCGGCUAGCCCGAGGUCAGACCAGUAACGAUGCUCAGUUGCAAAACUCAAAUUCCUGGGCCAGAAGCAACAGCCGAGACAGCGGAAACUUGGAUAAUGGAGCCCUAUCCUUAGAGGGCCAGAGUGUGCAGGGGUUGGAGGGCUCCAGUGACGCAUCUAUGAUCCAAGGAGGCUACGUGGGCGCAACAGGACAGUACCCCUACUGGUGGGGCGUUGGAGCCAGACGAACCUGGACGCCUUAUGGAUGGCGACCAUACGGAAGCGGAUGGGGCGGUUGGAGCAAUCAAUAUUAA